UUGCAUACACAAGAUAAUUUCUCAUUUUGUUUGAAAGGUAUUCAAUUCGUACAGUUGUUGUUUGUUGUUGGAUAUACCUGUCGAUAGCUUUGCAACCCAUAUAUACGGCAAUGGCGUCCGAGGACCUAGAUGACGUUUUGGAGCCAUCAUUGCAGAACAUUCUUGAUCAGGACUCACUGAAAUGGAUUUUUGUUGGUGGAAAGGGAGGCGUCGGAAAAACAACAUGCAGCUGCUCUUUGGCAAUACGAUUGGCUGAAGUGCGGGAAAAGGUUCUCAUCCUUUCUACAGAUCCAGCACAUAACUUGUCGGAUGCCUUCAAGCAAAAGUUCGGUUCUGAUCCGCUGCUUGUGGAGGGGCAUAAGAACCUCUAUGCAAUGGAGAUUGACCCAGUACCAGUGGUGGAGAAGGAUAAGCUGGAGGAGUUGCUGGCUCGUGAUGGCAUUGGAGGUGGUCUCGGUUCGCUUUUCGGAGGCGACAUCAUGAAAACGUUUCCGGACCUUCAGGAAGUCAUCAGCCUCACGGGUAUCUUCAAGAAACUGAAAGGCUUGGACUUUUCGGUGGUCGUGUUCGACACUGCGCCAACCGGCCACACUCUGCGACUGCUCUCCAUGCCGCCGGAAGUGGAGCGCGGUCUAGGCAACCUGAUGGCCAUGAAGGACAACUUUGCUGGCAUGCUGGGGCCGCUCUCUGGAAUAAUGGGUCUACCAGCCAUUGACUCAAAUGUAAUCUCAUCGCGCCUUGCAGACGUUGUACCAGCUCUCAGAGAUAUCAAUAUUGAGUUCAAAAACCCGGAUUCCACCACGUUUGUUUGCGUAUGCAUUGCCGAGAUGCUGUCUCUGUAUGAAACUGAGCGGCUUAUCCAGGAGCUGACCCGCAUUGACAUUGACACACAGAACAUUGUCGUUAACCAGCUAGUGUAUCCAUUGGCAAGCACUGCUGAAGCAAAGGCGAAUGGAUGCAAGAUGUGUACAGCGCGGCGAAAUAUUCAGAAGAAGUACCUUGACCAGAUUGAUGACAUGUACGAGGACUUUCACGUCACUAAGCUGCCGCUCCUGCCCAACGAGGUGCGUGGCCUCGAGGACCUGACGGACUUCUCGACGAAUUUAAUACGGCCCAUCUCUCCCAGUGUGUGUCCGCAGGACCGGAUGCCGCAUGAGUGUGCUGCCGGUGUCAAUGUGGCCCCGCCGCCUUUGGAAUCGUCCGUUGACGACCUGGACCCGUCCCUUCUCAACAUUGUCGAGCAGCAGUCCCUGAAGUGGAUAUUCGUCAGCGGCAAGGGUGGCGUGGGCAAGACCACCUGCAGCUCGGCAUUGGCUGUUCAGCUGUCUAAUGUUAGGGAGAAAGUGCUGAUCAUAUCCACAGAUCCAGCACAUAACCUCUCGGAUGCGUUCAAUCAGAAGUUUGGCAGCGAACCGCACCUCGUCACCGGCUUUCGGAACCUUUACGGCAUGGAGCUGGACUUGGCACCGAUAUCUGAAGCACAAGAUGACGUGCUGGCUGGCGAUGAAGACGAUAGCGGCUUAAUCUCGCUGGUCUCCGACUUCGUCAAGUCCUUUCCCGGCAUCACAGAAGCGCUUGCCCUGGCAGAAGUUCUCAGAAUGGUACAGGUCCUAGACUUCUCAGCCGUUGUGUUCGACACCGCUCCGACUGGCCACACCCUGCGCCUGCUCUCCAUCCCGCUUGCCAUGGAGGAGACGCUGGGCAAGGUGAUGGGAAUGAAGGACUCGUUCUCCUCGAUGAUGUCUGGGGUUGGCUCAAUGUUCGGUAUGGGUGACUAUAGUCCAGAUGCCAUCAGUUCUAAUCUUGACGGUAUCUUGCCAGCCAUCAAGGACAUCAACAAGCAAUUCCAGGACCCGACCAAAACAACGUUUGUCUGCGUGUGUAUCGCGGAGUUCUUGUCCUUGUUUGAGACCGAGCGCCUAGUCCAGGAGUUGACUCGCUACCGCAUCAAUGCGCGCAACAUUGUUGUCAACCAGCUGUUAUACCCGCUGCACGGACCGCUCAACUGUGACAUGUGCAAGGCAAGACGUAGCAUUCAGCGCAAGUACUUAGAGCAGAUUACUGAACUAUAUGAGGACUUCCAUAUCGUUAAGAUGCCCUUAUUGCCAGAGGAAAUACGCGGAUCCCAGGCUGUGGCUCAGUUCUCGUCUCGUUUGAUAAACCCGUACGAUCCGUCUUGUCCUGUUGCAUAGUACCAUCUACCCAGGCUCCUGGGUGAAAUCGUUUGUCACAUUCAGCCUUCAGGACCAUUGCACGAUGCAGCAGUGUUUCCUGUCGAAGCUGUUGAUCAUAUUCGCUUCUCAUACUCCCCAUAUAUUUUGUCCCGUAUAUGUUGUCACCUUGGCUUCAGAGAGAAGUUCGUUCAUGUUCCCCUCUUGCUGAUGCUGGUCGCACGGCCAAUCGAAUGUCUUACUUCGAAGUAUAGUGAAAGAUCAUAGGGGUAUGUAACCGGCACCAUACGUAGUAUUCACAUGUUCUCAUGUAGCAGUUGACCGACCACUUGAUGACGUGUUCUUCAUGAUUGCGGUCUCUUGCCAUUGCUGGCAUCUCCCAAACCGGGUCCGUGUUUCGUCUCUUUUUAUCACUCGCCGUCUGUCUAUCACCCACUGAUAGGAUUAGGAGCCAAGGGCAUGUGCAUGUGCGCAUGUUUUGUUUUUUUAGACCCAGGCAUGGUAUUUCAUUAGUACUUCACAUUAUUAUUUUCACCGUUUCAUUCUGCUGAAGUCCAGGUCGCCGACCUCUUGAAACAGGUUUCUACUUGAAGUAGCGCCGAAUAAAAGCACCCUUCUUUCCGCGCAUGUCUCGUAUUGCUACGUUCUCUGUAUUCUGUAUACUGCGCAUUCCCCGUAUUUCUACGUUCUCUGUAUUCUGUAUACUUAUUACACAACUAUUUAUCUCCUUUCCAGCCCGAAUAUUUUUUAAUGCUGAUUACCCAUCCAUCAUCUCGCACUUCACACUUUCUCUGGACUACAACAAUUACUAGUCCUUGUCCAGUGAAACUUCGUAUAACUGACACCCUAGGGACGGAAAAAUCAGUACUUCCAGGUACUUUAUCUACAUGUAGCUUAUCCGGGGCCAAAUGGCUGGAGAAGGUGAGGCAGUCUUUUUUUUUUAAAUAACUACCAGUGCUCUAUAUCUGAUGCAGAGAACACCAUGCUUUUCUCUCGGCAUUGGAUAUAAAGUAGUCGUUUGAAGAACA